CCACAGCCCAGGAGACUGGGACUGUUCCAGCCCUGCCAUGCACAUCACCCAGCUGAACCGGGAAUGCCUCUUGCACCUCUUCUCGUUUCUGGACAAAAACAGUAGGAAAAAUUUAGCAAAGACAUGUCACAAGUUGCUAGAAGUGUUUGAGGAUCCUUUACUGUGGCCUUUGUUGAACUUCCAUUCUCCAGUGGAACUAAAGAAGGAUAAUUUUCUCCUGGGACCUGCUUUAAAAUACUUAUCCAUCUGCUGGUAUUCAGAGAGAGUCAAGGUGUGUAACAUUGAGGACUGGAUGAAAAACAGUUUCCAGAGAGACUUCUGUAACAGGCAUGAGAACACUGUCAGGGAUUUUUUACUACAGGUUUGCAACAGGUGUCCAAACCUGCUGUCCCUGACCCUGUCUGGAUGUGGCCAUGUCACAGACGACUCCAUCCUGCUGCUCCUCAAGAGCUGCCCCAAGCUGAGGACACUCAAGCUGGAGAACUGUGUGCGGAUCACGGACCGGAGCCUGCAGGCCGUGACCCUGCACGGGGGGGCCCUGCACACCCUGCACGUGGAUUUCUGCAGGAACAUCACCCAGGCUGGGCUGCAGAGGGUCAGGGAACAGUGUCCUUCAGUGAUGCUGAGAGCAGAGAGAAGUGCCAACAUGAUCCCAGACAGCCAGCCAGACAAAAAGCUGAGGCUUGAAAGAGCAUCAAGAAAGCUGGUUGAGCUUUAGGUGCAGCAGAUUGUGGGGUGGGGAUGAUCAGGGUGGGUAUCUCACCUCACCUGAACUCGGGAGCAAUGACCUGUGGCACUUCCCUGCCUUCUGGUUGAGUCCAAACAAAUGGCUGGUUUGUUUUGUUAAGGGUGCACUGGGAAAAGGCAUUUCCACCAGGAAAAAAACGUUUGCUCUCUGUUGUUCCUUGAAACUGGAAACCCUGCCCUGCUGUCACACAAUGCCAGACCUGCCCCAAACUGCAGUUUGGGUCCCUCCUGGGGUGGUGAGUGCAAUGCACCUCACUCAGGAGGGAGCAGCAGAUCUUUGAUUGAGGCCAAAUUAUAAUUCGACAGAGUUCAAUAAAUUUGAUGGAAUUUAACAAAGUUUCA